AUGACCUCGGUGGAGAAGAAGGGUAAGGACAUGACGGAGGAGACUGCGCGCCGUCAGCCCACGUACCAAGAGGGCAACUAUGAGAUCAACUAUGUUGCCGUGGCUGUCCUGGGCCUUCCCAUCGCUGGCGUACUCGCUGCCGUGUUCAUGGGCGUGCCACUGCAGUGGAAAACGUUUGUCACCGCCGUACUUUUUUACAUGUUCAAUGGUUGCCUCGGCGUCACCGUUGGCUACCACCGUCUGUUCUCGCACCGCUCAUACACGGCCUCCACUGCGUUCCAGUGGCUGUGCGCUUUCGCUGGCGCCGGCUCUUUCGAAGGCUCGGCCAAGUGGUGGGCCCGCAACCACCGCAUUCACCACCGUUAUGUGGACACGGAGAAGGACCCCUACAACGCGCAGCGUGGCUUCAUUUUCUCGCACAUGGGGUGGAUGAUCAUGAAGCAGGACUAUUCCCUGCUCGGCAAGGUGGACGUGUCGGACUUCAAGUACAACUACGUGAUCCAGUUCCAGCACAAGCACUUUUUUAAGAUGGCGAUGCUAUCCGGUGUCAUCCUACCCACGGUGAUCUGCGGCCUCGGCUGGGGUGACUGGCUUGGUGGGUACUUCUACGCCGCUCUCGCGAAGAUCGUGUUCGUUCACCACUGCACCUUCUUCAUCAACAGCCUGGCUCACACGAACCUCUUCGCUGCGGUGCAGAACUACUCGGACCGCCACUCGUCGCACGACUCCUUCGUGUGCGCGCUGUUCACUUUUGGUGAGGGCUAUCACAACUUCCACCACGAGUUUGCCCAGGACUACCGCAACGGGAUCAAGUGGUAUCACUACGACCCCACCAAGUGGAUCAUCCGCGCGGUGUCGUUUCUCGGCGGUGCCAAGAACCUCGUGCGCACGCCGAACGAUGUCAUCGAUGCUAACUUCAACAAGAUGCUGCUGAAGAAGUCGAAGAAGGCGAUGGAGCAGGCACAGACUCGGCUAGGCCAGCUCGACAUCCCCAUCUCUGCGGAGUGGACUUGGGAGAAAGUCCAGGAUGAAGUGGCUAAGGGCCGCAAGCUGACGGUCAUCAACAACGAAGUGAUUGACCUGAUGCGCAGCAUUCAGACCGGCGCUGGCUACACGCACAACAGCAAGGACGUCAUCUGGUACUCGAACCACCCCGGCGGCCAGCGCAUCCUGGACAUGUUCGUUGGCAAAGACGCAACGUCGGCGUUCACUGGUGGGGUGUACGCUCACUCGUGCGGCGCCGAGUCCUACCUUCAGCAGCUGCGCGUUGCGAAGCUGAAGGUAGUGACCGAUUAA